UAUGUCGUCGGAACAGGUUGCUCUCCUCGCCGUGGCUCGUAUUGCCUACCUGACGGCAGAUGUCGUCGUCGAUGCACUCCCACAACCUCCAUCAACAUCGUCCUUCGCACAGGAGUACAACAGUCUCGCCAGAACAUCAGCACACAGGCCUAGAGUCGUCUCUUUGCCAUUCGGUGCAGAUGCUGGGUCCACCAUUCUUCGCAACGGCGCCAAUCUCAUGUCCUUCACCGCUAUCGCCAGUUCACAGCUGCUAACACGUCUCGUGCUUCACCUUGGAGAAAUCUCCGCCUUACCAAUCGUUCUUAACUUAGCAGUGCAAGACGACCUCUCAGAUGUUUUGUUGCUCCGGGCCGCCGUUCCGUUCUUCCUUCUUUCGACAUCGGCCCAGCAAGCGCAUGACAAUGCCCUCCUCGCGGCACGGCUGGCAAGACUGGAGAAGAAAUCAGUGGUGCAUGCAUUUUAUUCGGAUAGUGCGACAGAGUCGUUGGAUGAAAUCCCCGAAGAAAAAAUCCAUCCCUUCCUUCUGUCGGGCAAGCGUCCGAGUCCGACAAAUGGCCAUGUGACGAAUGGCGUCAAUGGGCAUGCGAAUGGCCACCUCACUAACGGGCACGCUGUGGCGGUUGACGGACAGGAUGUGACAGGUUUAUUCAAGGCAUACGAAGCUUCCGCACUAGACACACUUUCUUUAAUCCGACGGCCCCUACACGCCAUCUCAUCCCGUGGGACCUCCGAACCUCACACCGUCAUUUUCAUCCUUGGAAGGGAGGAACUGCCGGAGAUGGAUGGGAUUUCUAUAGUGUCAGUGAGCCUCGCCAACCCUCUCCCUCGUUCACGUAUCCUAAACGCCAUCCCUCCCACUGCAACUCGCGUCGUUGUUUUGGAGCAAGUGUACCAUUGGCAUUCCAAAUGGACACCUCUCUAUCUUGAGGUUGUAAGCGCGCUGCAACAACGGAGUUCAGAGCAAGAUUUGGUCAUCCAGGCUGGCAUCCUUGGCGGUUCAGGUCAGGUUGACGUCCCUGACGUCCUCAAACUCCUCCAGAAGUCCAUUGCAUCCCCGACAUCUCGCCUCGUCCUUGGUGCGAUCCCCUCUGAAAAGUCAACGACCGGUGCCCUUCCCCACGUUCCCAAGCAUGAAGCAUCCUACACCAAAAUUCUCUCCCAUCUCUUCAACGACCACUUAGAAAUUUCGAAUUCACCUGACCUUGUUGCAUCCCAAGGAGAAAUUGCCACGACUCCAGAAUAUGCGUUAGGGCGCGUGCGAGGACAAUUGGACUCACGAAGUGAACUCAUUAACGCUGUCCAGGAACUCCUGCAUGACGGCGAGCCCGACGCCGGCUUGCAUUCUUUGUUGAGCAAGUGGGUCUUAGCGAAAGACGAACCUGCCAAGAGCAAAUCUCUCGGCGAGGCGAUCGUCCAGAAUCUGGAAUCGGUAUCUGUGGCGCACCCAGCAGCCCAGCGUAUUCUCGCUUUGCAACAUUUCUUCCCUUCACGUUCAAGGUGGAUCAUCGGUUCAGAUGCUUGGUCGUAUGAUCUCGGAUCCUCGGGUUUGCACCAUGCCAUCGCUUCCGGUCUCGACAUCAACAUCCUCAUCAUCGACACGAUUCCAUAUUCCUCCCGCAAUACCGUUGAUCCUCAUCGCCGCAAGCACGAUGUUGGUCUGUACGCAAUGAACCACGGAGACGUUUUCGUUGCCAGCGUCGCUGUAUUCUCGUCGUACUCCCAAGUUCUCCAAGCGAUCGUCGAGGCCGACCGGUUCAAGGGUCCCAGUGUCGUCCUCGCGUAUCUCCCAUACCAAACGGAGGACGCCACUGCCCUUGACAUUCUCAAGGAAACGAAACUUGCGGUCGAUAGCGGUUACUGGCCGCUUUACAGAUGGGACCCAAGCAAAGAGAAAGCCGGACAGGAGCCGUUCUCGCUGGAUUCUGAUGCAGUCAAGAACGACCUCAGGCAGUUCCUCGACCGCCAAAACCAUCUCUCUCAGCUCGUUCGAUCGAAGCCACAGAUGGCGGCCGACCUCGUCAGUAGUUUAGGCGAGACCGUCAAGGAAGCCCGUAAGAGGAGAGCUCAAGAGGCGUAUAACUCCCUGCUCAGCUCGCUUGACGCGCCUCCUCUUUUGGUCCUGUAUGCGUCUGACGGCGGUGCUGCGGAGAAGAAGGCGAAGAGAUUCGCGAACCGGGCAACCGCUCGCGGUCUCUCGACCACGAUCGCUACCUUGGAUUCGUACACGCUGGAGACUUUGGGUCAGGAAGAGCACGUCGUAUUCGUCACUUCAACUGCUGGACAAGGCGAACCCCCGCAGAACGGACGGACUUUCUUCAAGUCCCUCAAUGCCGCCCUACGUGGGGACCAGAUUCUCACGAAAGUGCGGUUCUCCGUUUUUGCUAUGGGUGAUAGCCACUACUGGCCGCGUCUGGAGGACGCCCAUUACUACAACAAGCCGGGUAAGGACCUCGAUGCCCGUCUCGAGAAGCUAGGUGCGGAGCGCAUCGCCCCGCCCGGCUUGGGUGACGAUCAGGACGCCGAUGGUUCUGAGACUGGGUACAAGCUAUGGGAACCUCUAGUGUGGAAGGCCUUGCGUGUCGACUCGGUGGAGGUGACAGAGGCGGAGCCCGAACCCAUCACUAACGAGCAUAUUAAAGCCGCCUCUGGGUAUCUGCGUGGCACGAUCGCGGAAGGUCUGGAGGACACUAGUACCGGUGCCCUUGCCGCGAGCGACACCCAAUUGACGAAGUUCCAUGGAAUCUACCAGCAAGACGAUCGGGAUAUUCGGGAAGAGCGCGAGGCCCAAGGCGUCGAGCCAGCGUUCAGCUUCAUGAUUCGUGUCCGCAUGCCUGGAGGGGUAUGCACACCGCGACAGUGGUUGCAGAUGGAUCAGAUCUCCGACGAGCACGGGUCGGGUACGUUCAAGAUCACGACACGAGCGACGUUCCAGUUCCAUGGUGUUAUAAAGCGUCAUUUGAAGCCCGCUAUCCAAGAUAUCAACCGUGUCCUGCUUGAUACCCUCGCUGCCUGCGGUGAUGUUAACCGAAAUGUCAUCUGCUCUGCCAUCCCCUCUCUUUCAAAGCUCCAUCGACAGGUCUACCAGUUCUCCAAGGAGGUCUCCGAACAUCUCAUCCCACGAACGACAGCCUACCAUGAGAUUUGGCUGGACAAAAAACUCGUCGCAGGUGACGCUCUCAAAGACUUCGAGCCUCUAUAUGGUGAAUUCUACCUUCCAAGAAAGCUCAAAGUUGCUGUCGCUGUCCCACCUACGAACGAUGUGGAUGUUUUUGCCAACGACCUCGGGUUCAUUGCCAUUGUCGGUCCCGAUUGCGAGCUGCAAGGUUUCAACGUCUCCAUUGGAGGUGGCAUGGGUGUGACACAUGGAAACAAAAAGACAUAUCCUCGUGUCGGGAGUCUCAUUGGUUUCUGUACACCAGAGCAAGGCAAAUAUGUCGCGGAGAAAGUGAUGCUGGUUCAGAGAGACCACGGCAACCGUGCAGGCCGUAAGAACGCUCGUCUGAAGUACACUAUCGACCGUCUUGGGCUCGACGUUUAUAAAGCCGAGGUUGAGAAACUCCUGGGCUAUCCCCUGGAGCCCGUCCGUCCCUUCACCUUCGAUCGCAACAUUGACGACUUCGGCUGGCACACGGGCGAGGACGGUAAACAUCACUUUACGAUGUUCAUCGAGAACGGACGGAUCCAGGAUGAGCCGGGACGCGAGUUCAAGGCUGGUCUUCGAGAGAUUGCAAAGGUUCACAAGGGCACCUUCAGGCUGACAGCGAACCAACACUUGCUUGUGUCCGACAUCCCUGGUAACGAGCUGCCGAAGAUCAAGGCACUCUUGAGUCAAUAUAAGCUCGAUCAAUUGCAAUUCACAGGGUUGAGACUUUCGAGUUCGGCGUGCGUUGCGUUCCCAACAUGUGGAUUGGCAAUGGCGGAGUCGGAGAGGUAUCUCCCUGUUCUCGUGGACAAGGUGGAGAAAAUAUGCGAGGAGAACGGGUUGAGGAACGACUCAAUAGUCAUGAGAAUGACAGGCUGUCCCAACGGCUGCGCUCGCCCUUACGUUGCUGAAAUUGCAUUUGUCGGUAAAGCACCAGGAAACUAUGCCAUGCUUCUUGGAGGUGGCUACUAUGGCCAACGACUCAACAAAAUUUAUAGAGAGUCAGUGACGGAACCUGAAAUUCUCGGCAUUCUUCGCCCCAUGAUAAAACGGUACGCCCUGGAACGACAUGACGGCGAGCACUUUGGCGACUGGACAAUACGUGCCGGAUACAUUUCUGCCACUACUGAGGGCAGGCUGUGGUACGAAGGUGCAGGUGGUGAAGGUGUGAACAAGGAAGGUUUUGUCGCUGCCUA